CUUAAUGCUAUAAAAGCCGUAAUUAAAAUGAAGUAAAUUUAUUGCUGCAAUAAACAACUAAGUGUGAAUUAAAUUGAAUGAAAAAAUCAUGAAAGAAUUAAAUUAUUUCCUAAUUUUUGGCAUUAUAGCACUAUUUGCCAUAAAACCUUUGCAAGCCUCCAACAACUUUUCGAUAGUGUUGGGCAAGCAGCAGCUGGAGGACUACUUUGAUGAAGGUGUAGAAAUUAUAGAAAAAGAAUUUUGUAAAAAACUCAAAACCGUUGCCAGAAAAUUACUAACGGAUAACGAAUUACAAAAUUCUAAAUCACAACCAAUGAAAGAGUUUCAAAAUAAUAUAACUGAUUAUCUUUAUAAUUAUGAUUCCUAUAUGCGUUAUGAUCUUUACAAUGUAUUGAUACUUCAAUGGGAAAAUAUAAUUCAGAAGUUUAAGUUCAACAUUGUAAUGAAAUUAUUAAACAAAUACGGUUAUAAACAACUAAGAGAUGAUUAUGAAAGGCAAUAUGAUAAAUUUAUUAAACAAAAAUUUCUACCCAAAUUUGAAGAACAUAAAAAAGCCUUAAUAAACUGGGGCAAUAACUUGAAAAUGUGUCCCGACUAUCGAUGUCAGUGGAAAUACAUUGAUAUGUUUAUGUUUGAGAACAAAACACCAAGAAACGAAUUACUACUCUAUUACACUGACAAUCUGGAUAAUCUUUAUAUGUUUGUUGGCACAAGUGAAUACGAAAUCGCUCAACGCUUAUUAAAGUCAUCAAAACUAGCACUGCUUAGUCCCGCUUUAAAGAGAAAUCUUACAAAAGAUCUCCAAAACUUCAUUAAUAAAUACGAAAAACACGAUAGUUUGACAGAAUUAAUAAAUUUAAUAGACGAUUUUGAUGAUAAUAUUGAGGACAAAUAUUACUUUAAUUCAACUAUUCCACUAAAAGAUCAACAGCUUGUUAAACAACUUUUUGAUGAGGAAGGAGCUUAUAAGAAAUUUUUAACUCAAUAUGAAGAGAAAAUGAAGCAGUUUAUACAUGAAGGCCUUUUCCAAAAAUUUCAACAAUUUAAGGCAACACUUAAUAAGAAAGAUUUGGCCGAAGAACAGGAUUUACUAGAGUGGUAUGAUCAAUUGAAAGGUUUGACUAAUAUUAAAGAUAUUGAAAAUUCAAUUACUAAGUACUAUUUCCAAAAAUAUAUUAACUAAGAUAUUAAUCCGAUAUUUAAAGUAAUUUUGAAUAUUAUUUAUCUGAACUGAAUGCUAUUACAUUUUGGUUUAAUUUAAGAAAUGCUAUUUUAUCAAAUAAAAUAUUUUAUCA